AGUCUGAGUAGUCUUGUGUGCAUAUUUCAAUGUUCCUUUCACUUGAAGAGACAACCAAAUGAAGCAAUGCCUCCCCACUUCAAAAAACUUCAAAUGAAAACUUUGUGCCUUUGAGUUUGCUAGUAUCCAUCGUACAACUGUUGGCUUCCACCUUCAUUCAAAGAAAAAAAAAAUCGAUUCUUAUAUAUGGUAUAGUCUUCUUCUUUCUUGAAUCUCUCUGAAAGAUUGAUCCUCUUUCACCAAAACUCACUGAUCGGUAUCCAAGCCCAGAAAAUUAGAUUCCGGUGAGGUUUGAUGAAAUGGGAUCUUUAGAAAGAUCAAAGAAGAAGGUUCAGUUAUGGAAGAAAGCUGUUGUACAUUUUGCUUUGUGUUUCGUUAUGGGGUUCUUCACAGGCUUUGCUCCUACUGCUACUGGUAAAGAUUCAAUCUUUUCUACUCGAAUUAUUUCCUCAAACAAGUCACACUUCUCUCCACAACCCAUCGAUACGUUUCACCUAGCAGUGACACCACAGGCACAGGCUCCCAAAAAUGUCAGUUUUGUAGCUGAAACUCCCGUGCAAAUUCCAGCAAGUUCUGCAGAAUCUGAAAGAGCGAAGUUCCUGGAAAAAAGAGAAGAAGAAGAAGAAGAAGAACUGAUGUUGAAUCCAAGAAGACUAAUAAUUAUCGUCACGCCAAUGAGUACUAAGGAUCGGUAUCAAGGGGUGUUUUUGAGGAGAUUAGCUAAUACUAUAAGGUUAGUUCCUCCACCAUUGCUGUGGAUUGUUGUGGAGGGGCAAACAGACUCAAAUGAAGCCUCAGAGAUUCUUAGAAAAACAGGUAUUAUGUAUAGGCGCUUUGUGUCCAAAGAGAAUUUUACAGAUCCACAGGCUGAAUUGGAUCAUCAGAGAAAUGUUGCUCUUAGACACAUAGAGCAGCACAAGCUAAGUGGAAUUGUUCAUUUUGCUGGCCUUUCUAAUGUCUAUGAUCUUGCCUUCUUUGACGAGCUCAGAGAAAUUGAAGUAUUUGGGACAUGGCCAAUGGCAUUACUAUCAGCAAACAAGAAUAAGGUGAUAAUUGAAGGACCUGUAUGUGAUUCUUCGCAAGUUAUUGGAUGGCAUCUCAAGAAAAUCAACAAUGAAACUGAUGAAAAACCUCCCAUACAUAUUUCAAGUUUUGCUUUCAAUAGUUCUAUACUUUGGGAUCCUGAGAGAUGGGGUCGCCCUUCUUCUGUUCCACACACUUCACAGAAUUCAAUCAAAUUUGUAAGGCAAGUAGCUCUUGAAGAUGAGACCAAGCUAAAGGGAAUCCCACCAGAGGACUGCUCUAAAAUAAUGCUUUGGCAGCUUAAAUUUCCCAUUGAAAAAGAAUCAUCUGAUAAUCUUUCAAACAAUGCAGUUGAUAGCAACUACAGAUGAAGAGGAGAAAAAUUAACAACACCAUAAAAUGUGUUAGAGAGAUUUAAAUUUAUCCUUUGAGCUUCAUUAUUACAUUUCUU